CUUGGGCCAAUCUGCAUGCAACUCCGGUGAGUUCAGAUGCGUUCCUGCAGGGCAGACUGAGGAGCUCAGUCUGACUUUUUUCAGCACAAAAGUUCAAAUGAAGGAAGAAAAGUUCACAUAGGCAAGACUCGGCAGCAAGAACCUGGCAAGUGGAGCAAGAGGAGGUGAGAGAGGAAUAUCACGAGAAGAGAAUGGGCUCCCUGGUGAGUGGCGCUACAUCCACCCUCCUGACUUCCCUGCUGGCUUUCUUUUUGGGACUUUCAUCAAUUUUAAGCGAGGAAAUAAGGGAAACGGACGCACUGUGCAAUGCCAAUGGCUGCCUGGCGGUCUACUUUCAGAGAAAGACCUUUCUGGAUUCUUGGAGGGCCUGCAAAGAGAAAGGUGGAAACCUUGCCACCCUGAAACGUCAGGUGGACGCCGCUGCCAUUGAAACGCUUUUCCCCUCUCUGGAUUUGCGACAAUCACGUACCAAGGUCCAAGUAUGGAUCGGUCUGCAGCGGCAACCCCGCCAGUGCUCGUCCAUACGGCCUCUUCGGGGUUUCUCUUGGACAACAGGGGACCAGGACACAGAAUAUACCAACUGGCAGAAAGAGUACUCGCCCAGCAUGUGCUCAGUGCCCCGCUGCGUUGUUAUGGGAUACAACACUCAGGACCAGAGUGAUAACUUCAAAUGGCUGGAUGGGUCUUGCUCUGUCCCUGUGGAUGGUUACGUUUGCCAUUAUUCCUACCAAGGAAUGUGCCCUGCCUUGUGGAAUGAAGGGGAAGGUAACGCCCUCUAUGCCACACCCUUUAACCUCCUAAGUUCCCUUCUGACCCACGCCCCGCUUGGCUCAGUGGCGACCAUGCCCUGCCAGACAAAUCAGCAGUCAGUGCUCUGUCUGUUGAGGGAAGACGGUUCCGUGGGCUGGUCUAUAGAUUCUCCUCUCUGCUCCGAACCUCCGGCAUCACAAAACUGGUGCAAUCAGAACAAUGGCGGCUGCGAGCAUUUCUGUAAGCAAGCUGGCGCUCACUCCAUCUGCGAGUGUGCUGAGGGCUACCGGCUUGCAGAAGACAACCAGAGCUGUGACCUCUAUGACCCUUGUGAAGAUGCCGACUGCGAAUAUGAGUGUGUGCCCCUUUCAGAACGGUACCGGUGCGCUUGUCCUGAUGGCUACAUGCUGGCUCCAGAUGAACACGGUUGCCUGGAUGUGGAUGAAUGUCUUCAGAGUCCAUGUGAGCAUCGUUGUGUCAACACUCUCGGGACAUUCCAAUGUCAAUGUCAAGAGGGCCACCAACUAGACGAUGUGGGUGCCUGCGAGGAUAUUGACGAGUGUCUGAGCGACCCUUGCGAGCACGCCUGUGAGAACACCGAGGGAUCUUUUAUUUGCCACUGCCAUUUGGGAUACUCUCCGCAACCUGACGACACCAGUCGAUGCCAAGACAAUGACGAGUGCCAGAUCCCGGGAACAUGCCAGCAAAUGUGUGUGAACUACGAGGGUGGAUUUGAAUGCUAUUGCGAGGAAGGGUACGAACUCGUUAUGUCCGAUUCUUCCUCAUGUCGGAAGAUAGAUGGCCAAUCGACUGUCACCCACCAGCCUCGGCCUGCAUGGGACUCUGACGACUAUGAGUGGAAUCCACAGCAGGGUCAUACCGAUUGGGUACCGGAGGUGGAGCAAUCUCUGGACUGGUUGACUGACACCCCCAAAGUUUGGGGUUCGGAGGUCAUAUGGGUGACCAGUGCUCCUCAAGAGGAACUUUUAAAUCCUUUUUCAGAAACACAGGAGGAAGAUGUCGCCAAGGGUGAUGCUGACCAGUUGGACUGGGGGGAGAAACCUCAGUCUGAGUCCACCAUCACCAUCACCACCAGCACCACACCCAUCCCCACCACGACUGCCUUGUAUGACGAUGAGGAGGAAGAGACCACUCCUUUCCCUUUUAUUUCCACCUCUACAAUCUCGGAGGGAGCUUGGAACUGGUGGGCUGGGUUCACAGCUUCUGACCAGAGCCGAGGAAAUCCAGAGGAUAAAAUCACACACUCUUACAUGCUCACUGAUUCCAGCUACCACAAUCCGCCCCAUGAAGAAAAACAGUCUGUCGGAGAUUACCCUGCAAAGGCAGAGAAAAUGGGGGAGGAAGUGGACUCUCCUGCGACCCAUUCACAAGUGGCUCCCACUCAGGUCAGCUCCUCUCAACCGCCCACGGUCAAGCACCUGGAUUCUGUCCAUGAGGACAGGGGGAAAAGUAGCACCUGGCUCCUGGUGGGCCUCUUGGUGCCAGUCUGCAUCUUCAUCGUGGUCAUGGUGGUCCUGGGUAUCAUCUACUGUACUCGCUGUGCUGUCCAGCCCCGCAGUAAAACCGGGAGUGAUUGCUACCAUUGGAUUUCUGGCGCUCAUGACAAACAGGGUGCUGCUAGCCCCUCUGCAGGGGUCAAGAACCAUGUUUAAGUAGAAUGGACCCCAAGUGACCUUCUCAUAAACAGACUCUGAGGCAGCGUAAAACCGUCCUGGACUCUAUUGUUUAUUGUCUGUUUAUUUGGGAGGUGAGAGACGCUGAAAACCGCUGACCUUGUUUUCUUUGAUGAUACUUGGAUGUUGCAUACACUGAUCACUUGACUGCUUGACUUCCGAUUAUUUCCCGAUUGCUCUAAAUGACUGAUGUUCAUUUCACCAUUUACACCUAACUAGACACUAUGAAUAAAGGGUGAGCUCACAAGAGCAAUAGAUAAAACAGGCGCUUUUACAAGUAAUGUUUGAGCCAAAGUUUAAGUGUAAAUAAUGCUCUUUUUUAUACAGUAUUGCUUAUUCGUCAUUCUGCAACUUUGCUUUUCACAGUGGAUCAAGUAUCCCCAGUGAAAAUGACAGGAAUGUGCAGAAUUUUUAUUUUAAAAGCAGUUCUCUGUUCCUUUUUGGAUUUCCCUUUAAAAAAAAAAGGGAACUUGACAAAUAUGCGACUUGCACGAGAGUGUUGGAAAGAACCUUGACUUUGGCUGUCUGUCAUACUGUAACCAGAAUUCUCUCUCCCAGCCAGGAAUGUUUUGAAUCACAUCCAGCUGUUUGAGGCUUCACGCUUGUUUGAAACCAUUCAAAAAGACAAUCACAAAUUUGUAACAUCUCCAGAUCGGAAAAACUAAUUAUUACAUGACAAGAUAAGGCUCAUUCCAGAAUUAGAGGAGAUAUUGCUUGGACAUUAAAAAAAAACUUAAUCUUUCCCAAAUUUCUGUUAUGUAUUCAUCAGUUAUUGAUAACUAACUUGAUUGGCUUACCUCAGGCAUCAAAUUCAUGGUUUUUGCUAUGUUUUAUUUUGUAUUUGCUAUAUUUGGCAUUGAACACAGUGACAGGGUUGCAAAUUUGUGGCAAAGUUAAGUUUUUUCUAAGUAAUAGCAACUAUCUACUCAGAUAGUUUUUAUGAUAUUUAAAGCGGACAACCUUACCCACGUGUACUAGUAAACAGAAAAACAUUUUUGUAUCUUCACAAUUUGCUAAAUUGUGUUGCAUGAGGUAGCGUGAGGCAUUGAACAAUUAGGGCUGUAAAAACGAGUUCAUUAAUGCAGAUUAAUUAAUCAUUAUUAUUAUUCUGUUCAUUUUUUAAAACAUAAUUAACCCAUCUGCUGCACUGAAUGACUCAAAAUCCAUCAAUCUCUAACAAUGCAUUGUUGUCCAAAUAGUACUGUCACAAAUGUGCAGUGUUGCUCAAAAAGGUUCAUUAUGUCUUCUUGUUCAAAUACUUUUAAAUUAACAACAACAACAAAAAUCCUUCCAUUGUACCAAAAAUAUUGUCUGACAAGAAGAAAAUUGUAAAGUAUGCAAAUGUCCACUUGAUCCGGAAGUGACCUUCCCUUUAUCUCAGAAAGCACAUGUUAACAAGGUACCUUUAGGUCCUGUUUAAUUCAAAACACAAUUUUAUACGAAAUAUUUAAGUACUGUUAAGCCUCACAGAUUCUUUGCAUUAAAAAUAUAUGCAAAAUAUCACUCAAAUGCUGAUUUUAACCUAUUUCUACAAUUCUGAAUACAAUAGUACAAUUAUGGACAUUUUAAUUGUAUUGUUGCAUGAUUUUUUUAAAUCUUUGGACACAUUUGGUCGUCAGAGGUUCGGGACAAAAGAAACACUGCAUUUUGGAGAAUACUCUACACAUGUAUUUAUACAUUUAAAAAAAAAAAAACUUUCUCUCAGUUUGUUUAGAUUUGGUCAUAGGAAACGUACACCUGGUACAAUUUGCUCAACAACUGCAUGCUUUAGUGUUUUGUACAUGGAUUAUAUGACACUAUAUCGCUGAAAUGUAAAAUGUCCUCCAAUUCUGGGAUGACCAAUGACCAGUUGUUUUUUAAGACUCCACAGGUGAUCACUUGUACACAUUCACAAAUGAAAUGAAUUUAUGUUGUAUUCAUUG